AUGCCAUGUAUUCAGCUUAAACGAACGAAUUGUGCACCCCAUGGAUGCACAAAUAGAGGAACAGUCUUCAUCAGCAGCUCACAUCACUAUCGUUUUAUAGCGGCAACUAGUCCGCCUCAAGCUAUCAAAGAGUACGCGCUUCGUGUAAACAAGAGCAGCGGGAGAGACUUGAGACUCAAAACCCUACCAGAGGAUGUCGAGGAAAGGCUAAAAGAUUUUGCGGAAGAUAUGCUCGGACUCGGUCACAACGAAUUAAGGACCGGCACAACACUAAUUUGGAGGAGUCUUAGUACUAAUCAGCACACAUGUGAAUUGAGAUGA